AUGACUAUCAAUAUAAAUAUAAUACAAUUUAAAGGUCAGAAUGGGAAUGUGGACAAUUUGAUUGUUGAUGUAGCGCCAUCAACUGAAGUUUAUUUCCGGAAUAAUUCUGGUAGUUUGGACAUUGAUUCGACUAAAAGUUUAGAUGAAUGUACUUCCACCCCUGUAGAAUCCCCUGCAAAUCCAAUGUUGGAUAGUGGCAUAAAAAUUUCUGGUGAACAACCAUUUGGGUCAGAGUAUUCUGAAAAUUCGGAGAGUGAGCAUAGUUUAGUGGGAAAAACAGUUGGAGACAUAAACUUACCCUCCCCAGUUCUUUCCAUGGAAAACCAUUACAGUAGUUCAUUUAAUGAUUCCGAGACUGUUGACACUGAAGAGUACACGUGUGAAUUAGAAGCUUUAGAUGACAGCAAUAACAAUACUGCUGAAGAUGUUCCCUCAUUCUUUGAAGUUUCCACUAUGGAAAACCUAUCUGUUGAGAACCAAGGUGAUUCAGCUCAUUCUGCUGGGAGCUGUUCCAUAAAUGUAGACUCUUUGGCCAACUUGUCUUUGGAGGAGAAGGUAGCAAAUUUUAUUCAGAAUGGAGAUUUAGAUCCAGUUGAAGAUGGGUAUGAUUCCCAGGAAAAUAAAGUGAAUAUUGGAGCAGAAGCUGCUGUUGAUAUGCCCCUAGGUAUCCUUCCACUUGAAGACAAUAAUUCCAUGGCACAUAAUGGGAGCUCAUUGACAUCCCAGCAUGUUGUUCCAUCUGGAACAUCGAAUCAGCUCUUUGGGGAUGAGCAGAUGCAGCAUGUGGAUCUAACUACAAAUUCUGAUGAAGAUUUGGAUGCUGAGGUUUCAAACGUGCCAAAUCAAAGCGAGAUAAACUAUCUCAAGUUCAUGCUGGUAGUAAUUGUAAACUUGUUUUAUAGUUUACAUUUGUAUAUGUCUUGGGAGUUCUAUCCCCCCCCCCCCCAAAAAAAAUGCUUAAGAAUAGUCGUAGCUCAAAUCUGACAACAUUCUAGAUUCUACUUCUUGUUUUGUUGAAGUACCAACAAGAUCUUAGCUUGCUAAGCAGCUGAACUAAUGUGUGGAACUUAUUAUCAUAUGGAUGUAAAACAAAUCAUGUU